CAAGCCAACCAAUUAACCGCGCCAUUGACCCACAACAGUAAUACACUAAUACUAUGGUAACUCUCCCGUAGAGAGAGAGAGAGAAAGAGAGCUAUGCGCUGCCUCGUGGCAUCGGCAAUCAACGCAACGUCUUCUACUUUGCAUAUUUGCAACUUCUGCACUCUAUCCUUGUUAGCUUCGCGAUUUCCAAAUUAGUAAAAUCAGCGUCUCGGUAUUCAUAUUGAUUGAGAAGCUUUCUUCAGCAAUUCCGUCUGAGAAAUUCGCAACAAAUCUUUAUCAGGUGAAAACUAAAGAACAACAUACACAAUGCUACUGGGCAACGGAGGAGGAGGCCAAACCCCUAGUCGGUUUGAGUUGUUGAGUAUGGUGAAGAAGCACUCAAAAUUUUUAGGGAAAACCAUAGUGGAGGAGGAAGAUUCAUCGGAUGUGGAAAUGGAUCCAGAGUUCUGGCAUGAAGUAUUGGAUUUGUAUUUCGUUCGUGGAAAGGAAUCCAGAGGCCGUCAGGAGGAUGAUCUCAUAUUCUUCGUCCGUAAAAUGAGUUUGCAAGGAUAUGAAUCCAAUGGCAACAGUGAAGACAAUUCUCCUUACUUUGUACGGAGGUGGUCGCCUAAGUUGGAUGAUUUACUUGGUGAGAACUCAGUAGGUGUGGAUUGGAGGCGCUCAUAUUACUUGAACUUGAUUGCUCAUACAACUUUCAGUGUGACAGUGGCAAUUUGCAGUCACGAGGUCCUUAAAACUUACCAAACUGGCAAAGACAAGCCAUUGUCUCCUAUAUACAAGGUUGUGAAGACUGUCUAUGCAUCUCCAAGUCGUAUUAAUUUUCAUUUGGACUCAAGAAAGGAAGUAGAAACAACUCCUGCGUAUCCAGAUAUAUGCUUUGCCGUUGAUGAUUUUGAUUCUACUUUUGAUGCAGUGGUUUUGACAGAUGUGGACCACUGCUAUUGUGUAAUUCUAAAUGCAAAUGAUGGGGCUGCAUUUCCCAGUGACUCUUCCCAAAGUGAGACAAGUGGUGGAAAGACUCAGAGUUCAAAGAUCACUCUAUUCUCGGGUUUCGUUAGCUACCAGAUGGUCCGAGAUGCCUAUGAUGCUGGAAGAACUGGAUUUGGAAGUCUUCUUUCACUUCAUUCUUCAGGGAAAACAGACAGGAUAUACAUGAAAGGUCCAGGAGGACGUGGGGAAGUUGAAGUAGCUGUUUCUGGUGUUGUAGAUCAAAGCAAGGAGGAAUACAGUCAUCAUUCUCCUAAAAAAGGAUUAAGUUUCAGUGCAGUUGUUCGAAGGGCAGCAUCAGUUGCAUCGGUGGCAGCUAAGCAUGCUUAUGCUGCUGCUUCUGCUACACGGAGCUCAGAUGAAGAGAUGAUCCCCCUAAAGUGUUGCUUAAUGUCAAUAUCACUGCCCUGGGAGCACAUCGCUCAUGAUCUUCUCCUUAAGGGAAGUCCCCCGGUGAACUUGUAGGAAUGCAGAUGAUUGGUGAUGGGCAGUAUCAAGUAUCAAGUACUUUCUCAACUUUACCUUGUAGAUGAGUAUAUCCAAGAUUAAACUAAGAAAACAUGCAUAGCGAGCUUGGUUAGAAAGCAUUGUGAUAUCAUGUCUUGUACAUUACAGUUCUCUUUUCUGAUUGAUGCUCAAUGAAGGUUGCAUAAAGUUAGCCCCCAAA